GUAUGGACAAAAUUAAGGCAGCCGAUCGAGCUAACGUUCAAAACCACGUAUCCACCUUCAGAUCGCAAUCCAAGGGCUGAAAUAAAUUGUAUCGCCAUAUUAAAACACCCGAUUCCAAAACCCUGCGAAACUCUCCCCGCCUUUCGCCGUUUCGCGUCGCCGCUGACCUUCGCCAUCCUCCUCGUGUCCUCUUCCGGCCAAAGGUGAGUUCUUUCCAGGCUACAUAAGCAUGGUGAGGGUUAGUGUGUUGAAUGAUGCUCUCAAGAGCAUGUACAAUGCUGAGAAGCGCGGGAAGAGGCAGGUCAUGAUCAGACCAUCCUCAAAAGUCAUCAUCAAGUUUCUUCUUGUUAUGCAGAAGCAUGGAUACAUUGGUGAGUUUGAAUAUGUAGAUGAUCAUAGGGCUGGUAAGAUUGUGGUUGAAUUGAACGGGCGGUUGAACAAGUGUGGUGUCAUUAGUCCACGCUUUGAUGUGGGUAUCAAAGAAAUUGAGCCCUGGACUGCAAGGUUGCUCCCAUCACGACAGUUUGGCUACAUUGUUCUGACUACAUCUGCAGGCAUCAUGGACCAUGAGGAAGCUAGGAGAAAGAAUGUUGGUGGCAAAGUGCUUGGUUUCUUUUACUAGGUUGGUUUCUCAUAGAGGAUGUAAUAUGAUACUCAUGGUUCCUCUUAUGGAACUUCUGAGGAUUUUGAAAUUUGAUGGUUAUCUUCGUUCUUCCCUUCUGUUUUCCUUGGAUGUUUUCUUAAUUUUGACUGCAAGAGGAAAUUAAAUCUGUUGCUUGUAGAAGAUAAUCUAUUUUGGUCUAUUAGUGCUAAUUGUUUGCGAUCCUUUCA